CCGUUCGCUCUCUCUUUCUACAGCGACGCUGCGAUCUCGUAACGCCCGUCCCCUCACAAAGGCGCAGAGGGAGCGAGCAAGAAGAGGAGAGAGGCAGCCCGCCAAGGGGAGAGAAAGAGAGCAACCGCGCGGAGCGGCACAGAUGAAGGCGGAGAAGGCAGCGGUGGGCGUAGCUGUCGGUGGCGGCGACGAGUGGCGGUGCCGGAAGCACCCGGCCGCGAGAUCCGGCGGCGGGGUGUGCCCGUACUGCCUCCGGGACAGGCUCCUCCGCUUCUGCCCCAACUGCGCGCACGUGCGGCCAUGCCCCUGCGGCGCGUCGUGCGCCUCCCCGUCUUCCUCCUCCUCGGCCUCCGUCGACGCCGUCGGCCGCGUCCACAGCCUCAUCGAGCGGGAGCACCGGAUCGCGCGGUCGCGGUCCGUCGCCGCGGCCUCCUCCAUCGCGUUUGCUGCCGCCGUCACAACCGCCACCGCCGGAGGCGGCCGCGGGAGGCGGAAGGCGAGGGUCUGGGGCUGGCCGCCGUUCUGGAAGGCGGCAGCGAGGGAGGGCGACUCGGAGGAACCUGACGAGGAGGAGGGGCUGGGGCUGCCGCGGUCGAGCUCCGUGUCCGCGACGGCCGUGGAGGCGAAGGCGGCGGUGGCGGCUCGGGCGCGGUGGGGGUGGCACUUCCCGAGCCCGCUCAAGGCGUUCCGGCACCGGAGGUCGUCGGCGAGCGCGCCGGGGCGGGCGUGAGGUACCUCGAGAUGGCUGGAAAGUUAUUAGUGGGUGGAGGUCAUGUGGUCGAGGUGAUUAAUUAAUUAACUAAGGCAGUGAGUUAGAGGAGCGUUCGCCUUUCUCCUUUUGUGGUC